CCGGGUGCCGCUCCCGCCGCUGUGUGCGCGCCGCUGCCGCUCCCGCCGUGCCGCUCCCCGGGAACAGCGCUGCCAACGCCGCCCGCCCGAGCCGCGCCAUGCACGGCUCGCCCUGCUCGGACAUGGGAGAUGCGCCCGCGGUUGACAUUGUGGACAUCUAUGAGUCCAUCCGUGAACGCCAGCGUCAUGACAGUGAAAGGUCCACCUGCAGCACCUUGGAGCAGAAUGACAUUGAAGCUGUUGAAGCCCUUGUUUGUAUGAGCUCCUGGGGUCAAAGAUCACAGAAGGGUGACAUAUUAAAGAUAAGGCCCCUCACGCCCUUCUCCGAUUCUGGGGAUUUCACAAUGCAUGCCGAGGCUACAGCUGAAUUACCAAAGGACUAUCUAUCGACACUGUGCAUGACCCCUCCGCACAGCCCUGACUUCGUUGAGAUGUCGGCAGCUACGCUCCUGUCCUCACAAGUGACUUACUCCAAACCAAGGACUGUCAUGGCAAACACAGCUGCCUGCUCAGUCACAUCAGCAACCAGUGCCUCUCCCAUAGCCAAGCCAUCUGUUCCCAGCGCGGGGCGACAGUGCAGUCAGAAGCCAGUGAUCUCUGAAUUCUCCGCACCUCAGCCUUGCCGGGCUAUGGCAACAAGUGUCAUACGUCACACAGGUGAUAGUUCUGCUUACCAUCACAUUCCUGCUGUGCAAGAGAAAACAAAGGUAACUUCAGGCUACAGCACUUCCAGAGACUGGUGUGGAGCGGAUGACCGAAAACAUUCCAGACUGCCACAGGACACGUGGGCUGCGGAUGAUUUAAUCAAAAAAACCUCUCCAGUACAUCAGCCUUAUGCACGUGACUCCAGUGAUAUUGUGACCAAUAAAGGGCAACCACCAGUCCGGCCUGUUUCGCCACAAACCCACUUACCAAAGAAUUGUGAGAGUGACUUGCAAAAAAGAGCUACCCCAGUGGCACCUGCCCCUGUCUCAAGCCCCCAGGUUCUCUGUCAAAUGAUCCCUGUAAAUGGACAAAGCAGCAUGAUCAAUGCCUAUGUCAAGCCUUCAGCUCCCAUGAAGCCUAUUCUGCCGCAGACAGCCCCGCUCUCCCAGCCUGUGCUCAUGGGCCCGUCUGUGCCUCAGGGGACUGUCAUGCUGGUGCUCCCGCCGCCCGCUGUCACGCAGACGCCGCAGGGCCCGCCGGCCGUGGUGGCUGUGGGCAGCACCAAGCUGCUGCCCCUCGCCCCUGCUCCUGUGUUCAUCGCUUCUGGUCAGACCUGUGCCCCCCAGAUGGACUUCUCCAGGCGGAGGAAUUACGUUUGUGACUUCCCUGGGUGCAAGAAAACCUAUUUCAAAAGUUCCCACCUCAAAGCCCACCUUCGCACCCACACUGGUGAAAAACCUUUCAGCUGCAACUGGGACGGCUGUGACAAGAAGUUUGCCCGCUCGGAUGAGCUGUCGCGGCACCGCAGGACGCACACGGGCGAGAAGAAGUUCUCGUGUCCGGUGUGCGAGCGCCGCUUCAUGCGCAGCGACCACCUGACGAAGCACACCCGCCGCCACAUGGCCACCAAGAAGGCCCCCAGCUGGCAGACAGAGGUUGGCAAACUCAGCAGAAUUGCCACAGCAGAGAAACCCAGGGGCAGCAGCGCUCUGAGCAUGCUCAUCCCCGUGCCAUCACCUGUCUGCCAGGGCUAGAGUGAAGAAGCACCUUCUGCAAACUUCUGCGAAAGAUCAGAAAGAGCUCCGAUGGCAAUGGCUUUUGUUUUCCCCGUGUUUGUGUGUACUUUAGUUUCCUGCAGUUUAGGUCCUCUGUUGAUAGUGCUAUGUGAGGAAUCGAUCAUAUUUCCUCGUCCCUUCCCUGUUGGUUUUUUUCAGUACUUGGGCAAUUGCAAUCACCAGCACUUCAGGAAAGUAGAACUCCUUGGAAAUUAUUUUGGCAAUAGGUUAAAAGUAAUGCUUGCUGUUAAUAUUUUGAUGGACAGUGAAACAGGGUGGUUUUUAAUUUUUAUAGUACUAUUUUCUAUACCAAAUAUAUUUUGUAUUUGUUCAUUUUGGUCUUGUUAUGCAGGCAAAUUACUUGCAUUAGUAGGGCUGUGCUGGAUGAGACCCAGAGUUUUGGAAACUCCUUUUCAGUGAACCUAAACUAUUGUAUUCAGAGUGUUUUAUAAACACUUACCAUUUGAUAACUCAUAUUGGUUGGUGUUUUCACACUUGCAGAUCCUGAUCCUGCAGUGGGCUAGUGCUCUUAUGCUCUCCUUAUGCAGGUACAUUGGAGAUCAAAGUGAGUCAGUAAUUUUUAAAACAACCCUAAGCAGAAUGACCGUAUUUGAGAAUACAAGUGCUGAGAUCCUCAACAUUUUAUGAGUUCAUACCCUUUGAAAGUAGAAGCUGAUGUGGCUGUUGGUAGAACCAUUCUUGAGUCCACAUUCCAUUGGAGCAAAGUUUGGAGGAGCCAGACUGCUCUGAUGGAGAUAGAAGCACAAACACUGUUUAGAAAUUUUGACACUAAAAAUUAUGCUUUAUUUUUGGUCCUACUAAACCAACAUAUCAAAAUAAACUGAAAAAUGUGAAAAUGGCAAGAUAGCCCAUUAAAAAUUAGUGGCUCUCUAUAUAUUUUUUUGAGUAGAGGAGAAAUAAAAAAUUAAAGGUUUUUUUUGUAUUGUGGAUACUUGCGCACCUUAUAGGAAAUUGUUCAAGGCUUUCUUUUACCUGUAUCAGUGCACCAGAGGAAGUACUAAUUGUGUCUUGAGUUAAGAAAUAGCCACCUUGUCAAUUUGAUGAUGCUCUUCAUGUGGCCUUAUACUUCUCCACAGUACUUUGUAUAAAAUCACCCUUUUCUAUUAAACAAUACACUCUCCCUGUUGAAUGGAUUUUCUUUUACACAAAGUGUAAUGAUAGUUAAGAAAUGGAACCAAUGGCUGCAGGAGUGCUGUGUUGUAAUAGCAUGGUGUGAGUAACAAAAUGCCCGUAGCACAAUCGGAGUGCUCCAUUCCCAAGGUGCAGAAGGUGUGUAUGUACUGUAGCAGAGCUGACAGGACAGCAAAGCACCAGGUGUUUUGCUGGGAGACAGCUCCCCCCUGAAUGAAAUAUUUCUGGAGUGCUUAUUCCUUCUGGACUCUUCUCCCUUCAGCCACUCUGCACUGAAGCUUAGUUGAGCGCUGAGGAGGAUUAUUCUUCCUAUAUGCAUCAGCUCUGGAUAACUUGGAAUGCACUCUCUCUUUACUGCUUUGUUCUUAAAUUCUGGUCUUGUGGGUAAAGCACAGAUCUCAUCUAUGGAAGUGCUGACUUGCCAACCUCAGCUGACACUCCUCUGAAAUUGGCAGAGACCUGUUUCAGUUAAAGCAGAUUAUGUAAUUAUUUUUUACACUAAAGUCUAUAAUUAACAGUAGUAAGUUUUCAAGCUGCACUAAAUCGGAGUAUUGUGCUAGGUGUACUGAAGUUUUUGUGCCUGACCUUGUAAAGGCCCACACCCUGUGCACUGACACGUGCUGUAAUCCCACUGACCCCGGUGUACGUGCCAGUGAGGUGUGUGUGGGCCUUGCUUUGGACUCUCCAAAGGGCUCAGUUGGAACCUCUUUGCCUGGUGAAGUGGAUCCUUGUGGUGUUGCUGUUCUCUGUUGCUACCUAGUUUUCCAAGUUUCUGUGGUGAACAAAGAGAUGCUGCUCUUACUUUUUUCUCCUCAGAAAUCCCUUAGAACAAGAAGUCUGACUUUUGGAUGCUGUUUUUGCAUGCUUUUAACCAGGAGAAGCAUGUCCCGUCUCGGUUUAGUAGCCAGUUUCGCACUUCAUUUUUUUACAGACUAACUAUUUAUGGUGCUCACCUGAGAAAACAAUUUGGAAACUUGUCAUAAUUAUAUAAAUUGUCAUGGUUUUUGCAUUGUGGGGGGAAGAAAACAGUGGACUUGGAGAAUAGACUUUUUAAAAGUAUGUCAUGUAUGUGUGUCACGAUGUGGAAAAGCAACUGCUCCCUCCUUGUUUGGGUGUAGCUGGCCUGCAAUUCCUGCAGCCCGUUCUGGGAUGUGUGGAUCGUUCUCUUGUGGACGUGCGUGAAUAGCUGUGCUGCAGUGUGGCUGUGUCUGCUCUGUCUGUUCCUUCCUGCUGUGUAAGGGUUAUUUAUGGAUUAAGCAUGACUGGCGUAGCUGCUGUCCUUGCACUUUACUGCCUGAACUCUACUGUUCAGUCUUUUUAUUUUGAGCCUAUAUUUUACAGAAAUGGAACUGCAUUUUUGUACGUGUUUUUAACUUUUAUUAAAUAAAAUGUAUGUAAUGUGA